UCAAGAUGGCGGCACCCAGGCCAAAGGACUUUGUCACCACCAUGGCCACUGCGGCCCUCCUGUCUGACGCUCCGCGCCCUGCCCCUGCUGCUGCUGCCCCUGCUGCCCCUGCUGCUGCCCCUGCUGCCCCUGUCCCUGCUGCCCCUGCUGCUGGUGAUGUUGCCGGUGGUGGCGUCGAUUGCGAGCAACCUGAGGAGUUGGCGGUGGUGUGGGCGGCUGGGAAGCUGCGCUCAAUAUUCACGCUGCUCGUUGAGUGUGAGGAGGACGACCAUGUGCUUGCGUGUGCAUGCGAGGUGUUGCAAAUCCUCAGCUCCAGCCAUGCUGGCGCAUUGGCAUUUAACAACAAUGGAAGCCUCGCGGCCUUAGCCAGCCUGCUGGGACGCACUCACAACCCUCACACCCUGGAGAAGAUCACCGGCACGCUGUGGAACCUGUCGUGCCACGAGUCUCUGAGGGCUGCGCUGGUGGAGCUUUGCCUCCCGGCACUGGUGGAGCACGUGCUGGUGCCAGAGAGCGGCUGGAGGAGCAAUUUUGGAGACUCACCCGCCUCACCCUCCCCACCCGGCUCGUCCGCCUCGCCUUCCGCGGCGUUCUGCAACGCCUUGACGUGCCUGCGGGUGGCGGAUCCCGCCGGCGAGCCGGAGCCCACGGCACCUCCUCCCACGGCACCUCCUCCCACGGCACCUCCUCCCACAGCAGCAGCUCUCGCAGCAGCAGCUCCCACAGCUCCUCCCGCAGCAGCGAUGUCGCCGCGGGAAUUGCAUCAACUCCGUGACGAGUUGCGGGAUCUUCAGAGGGAGCUGGGGGGGGGCGACGCCGAGACCCGACCAGGAGCCCCCAGAGCAGAUCGCCGCUGGCGCCUGCCGCCGGCAGAGCUGGAAGGCGACGCGUACGGAGGCUGA